ACACAAAGCUGUUUUCUUAUCACGCAGUCCCACCCUGACACACACACACACACACACACACACACACACACACACACACACACACACACACACACACAGAGCGCUCAGUUUUUUCUUACACGUUUAUUUUCAGGAUUCUUCAUCGUUUCUCUGCAGUAAAGACAAAAACGAGUCACAUCAGCACUUUUAAUUCCACACAGCGGUGUGUGUGAAUGCAGUAUGAAGUGUGUGGCGGUUCUCGGAGGGGGGGUCGGGGGUCUCUCUGCAGCUUUUUACCUCAGCCAGAGUUCACAGGUCUCCAAGGUGGUGCUGUUGGAGGCCAGCUCCAGGUUCGGAGGGUGGGUCAGCUCCACUCAGAGGGAGGAUGGGGCUGUGUUCGAGCACGGACCCAGGGGGGUUCGACCGGCCGGAGCAGUGGGGAGGAAUUCCUUAAACAUGGUGUCUGAUCUGGGAUUAGAAAGCGAGAUCCUGCCGGUUCCGGCCGACCACGUGGCGUCGAGGAACCGCUUCCUGUACGUGAGGGGUCAGUUACAUAAGAUGCCCUCCGGUCUCAGCGGAGCGGUGCGGACGGUUCCUCCGUUCUCCCGUCCCAUCAUGCCGAGCGUGAUGAAGGAGGUGCUGGUGAGGAGGAGGAAGCACGAGGACGAGUCUAUUCACUCCUUCUUCUCCAGGAGGCUCAGCCCUGAGUUAGCAGAUAUAGCUGUGGAUUCGUUAUGUCGGGGCGUGUUUGCGGGCGACAGUAAGCGGUUGAGCGUCCGGUCCUGUUUCCCGCCGCUGUACAGAGCCGAACAGCAGUGGGGCUCCAUCGUACUGGGCAUGCUCAUGGGAACAGAGAAGUCGGGCACAGUGGGCACCUCCGCCCUGGCACAGAGGGCAAAGAGAGAAUCGUGGAGCCAGUGGUCUCUGAAACGAGGGAUGCAGACCCUGCCCGACGCCCUGGCGGAAACGCUGAAGGGUAGAGAACGUGUGGAGAUUCAUCAGAGCGCCCCCGUCAGGAGCCUGAACCACACUGCAGGAGGCUGGGAGAUUAAAUUAGAGGACGAGGUCACGUUAAGAGCUGAUCAUGUGAUUUCUGCUCUACCUGCAUCAGUGCUGGCCUCGUUACUGCCCCCUGCUGCCCAUAUUUUAUCAGAACAGCUGUGUAAGGUUGGUACAGCGAGUGUUGGGAUGGUGAACCUGGAGUUCGAAGGAUCUGUGUUACCUGUGAUGGGAUUUGGACACUUGGUGCCCUCUUCGGAGGACAGAGGAAUUUUAGGAGUGGUGUACGACUCAUUAGCAUAUCCACAACACAACCGGAGAGGAGACCUUACAACCAGACUCACAGUGAUGAUGGGAGGUGCAUGGUUCGAGGAGACCUUCGGACUUCCAGCUGAGGUGAAGGAUACGGUUCUGAUGGAUCGAGCGGUCAAGGCUCUGAGGUCACACCUGGGUAUCACAGCCUCACCUGUAUGGAGUAAAGCUGCUGUAUUACAGAACUGUAUUCCACAGUAUCACCUGGGACACUGGAAACGACUGGAGACGAUGAGGAGGUAUAUCAGCGAUCACGCUCUUCCUCUCACGCUGGCCGGAGCUUCGUACGAUGGCGUUUCUGUUAACGACGUCAUAUUCAGUGGGCGCACAGCGGCGGAGGGAAUUGUGGGUAAAAUCUAAGUUCUCCACCGUAUCUCAGUAAGACUGUCGGACCUUCACGUGUCUACGAUCGUCUAAGCUAUGAAGCGGGUCGAUGUGAAGCGCUCGGCUGCUUUUACUAAAUAAACACGACGUCAUGAAUGUA